UUCUUGGCUAGGAAAUCAUGUAGAUGUUGUUAACAAAAUGUGUUUACUAUGUGUAUUGUAUUUAAUUCAUAUUGCUUAUAUUUUUUGUAGUUCCUACAAAAACGACAUAUUAAUGAACACAGUAUUAUCACUGGAAGGUGGAUACCUGCAAUAAUAGGUCCAAUGAAUGUAUGAGGUAGACUGUCCUUAUUGAACCCUUGAACUAUGCUCAAGGUCUUUUAUAUUGAGCAAGACCCAUUCUGUCUUUAAGAGUCUUAAGUUCAUGUGUGUUUGUUGCUGAACUAUCUUAUAAACGCAGGUAAGAAGCAAUUCUGUGAAUGUUGUUUUAAAUACUUUUUUGUUGAACAUUGAUCCAUCUUGAUCUUUCCAAGUGUAGCCUAUGCUUGAUGGAGUGAGUUGUAUUUUGCAGUUAAAAAUCCUGAGAGAAGAGCAAAUUCUGACAUGGAUUCUGACGGUGCUAGUGUGCAGUACAAUCGCUGGAACGAAGACAACAUUAACCUCAAUGUGGCAGCAUCACCGUCUGGUAUGAUGGGGGUCUUCUACAGAGUGUGUACUGGCACUGUGGGAAUAGCUGUGAAGGUGGCAGGAGCUUUGGCAGCACUGGUAUCUGUUUACAUGAUUGGAUACGUCACAGGAUACUAUGUUCACAGAUGUUGAGGGACUUGCAAGAGUGCUUCCAUGCUCAGAUUAAUGUGGAUACCAUCUGUUGAUUUUGAUUGAUCAUUACAAUGACCAAACAAUGCUAUGAAUCAGGAACUCCAAUACAGUAUACAGUAGAUCUUACAUGAGUCAGAAAAUUAGGUAAUUAAAUCAUAAUUGCAGUCUGUAUGAAUACCACUAACUGUCAUUUUAUUUACUGUAUUUUAUAAGAGAACACUGGGAACAAU